AUGAAGGCCGCACAAUGGGAUCCCAAGCAGCAAAAGGCCGUUGUGAACGAGAUCCCAAUCCCAGAGCCUGCCCCAAACCAAAUCCUCGUUAAGAUGGCAUCGGCGUCUCUCUGCCACUCAGACAUCAUGGCAAUUUCCCAGCCCGACAAGACCGAGCCAUUCACCAUCGGGCAUGAAGGGGCUGGCUAUGUCGCCAAGGUAGGUGCCGACUGCAGGGACAAGGGCUUCCAGGAAGGGAACCCGGUUGGAUUCUUGUAUAUCAACGGCUGCUGUUUCGAAUGUGAAGCGUGCAUGGUGCAUAACACGCAAUGUACCCAGGGCAAGCCCAGCGUCGCUGGAUUUGGCGAGUUUGGCUUCUUCCAAGAAUAUGCUGCUGUCGACUGGCAGAAUGUCAUCCAUCUUCCCUCUCAGCUGGACCCAAAGCGCAGCUCAGCGGUAUUCUGUGCUGGGAUUACAGCUUUCCACGCCGUGGACUCUUGCAAUCUCAAGCCAGGACAGUGGUUCGCUGCCAUCGGAGCUGGAGGACUAGGACAGCUGGCUACUCAGUACGCAAAGGCAAUGGGAUAUCAAGUCAUUGCCAUUGAUAUCAACGACAAGACGCUGGAAGCAUGCAAGAGCCAAGGGGCAGAUGUGACAUUCAACUCGCUGACCCAUGCUGAUACCUAUGCCGCUGAAGUGAAGAAAAUUACCAACGGUGGCGUGCACGCUGCAGCGGUUUUCAGCGGCUCAGCUGCGGCCUACAAGGGAGCACCAUCUAUCAUUCGCGUUGGGGGAACCUUGAUGGUUAUUGGCAUCAGCCUCAGCCCCAUGGAGGUCUCUACGUUUGCCCUGGCAGUCGGCUUAUACAAUAUCAAGUCAGACAGCACUAGUACGCCCCAGCGCAUGGGCAAAGCAGUGGACUUUACUGCAAAACACUCCAUUACCCCCGAAAUAGAAAUACGAUCGUUGGAGGCCAUGGAUGAUAUGAUACGCGAGAUGAAGGCAGGGACGUCGACCAAGCGGAUGGCAGUUGUAUUUGAAUAA